CUAUGACAACAACAAUAAGCAAGCAUGAGGUGCAGCAGCAGCAGCAGCAGCAGCAGUCACAGUUGCCACAGCAGCAACAUGCUAUGAUAACAGCAACAACAGCAGCAACAACAACAGCAGCAGCAUCAACAGUGACAGCAACAACAAACACUGAGCAACAGCAGCUACAAUUCGAUACGCUUAACAACAAUGACAUUGCCACAGUCACAGUCACCGCCAUUGCCACCGCCCAAGAUGCCCCAGACACUGCCCACAACAACACAACAACCGGAACAGCAGCAACCACAAAGGUGCUCAAGCGACGCUCGCUGCUCAACUUCAAGUCCUUUGACUUUCACAUCAAGUCCUUAUACAGCGGCCUGCGUGCCACAAGUGGCCACAAAUCUGCCUCGGCCUCGGCCUCUGCCUCGCAAUCGCAAUCGCGAUCCUCAUCCCUCGACGUAGGUGGCGCAUCAGCAGGAGGAGGUGCAACAACAUCGCGUGGUGGCAUAGUCGCACGUCGCAUACCGCCGCAUUUGCGCAUCGAAGGCGUCGACAACGAUCCCGAUCCCGAUCCGGAUCCGGAGAGAAUGAAUCUGCUGCUCGACUACACACAAUCGCCAUUCACGCCGCGUCGCAACUCCAGCACUCAACUGUUGCCCAACACUCGUGACUCUUGCUCGCAGCUCUCGCCGUACUUUCUCUCGCCACACAUGGCGUUGGUUGGCGGUGGUGGCACGGCCAUGGGUGGGGCAGGUGGCAGCAGUGUGGCAGCAACGCCUGGCGAUGCGGCUGCCGGCAUUCGACGCUCCUCCACAUCGGACAUUGUGGCAUGCCGCAGACGCGGCUCCACAGCGAGUGCGGCGAGCAACAGCCGCCGGCCAAGCACUUCGGAUCUGUUGAGGCGGGCGCGUGAGAGGCGUGGCAGUGAGGCGCGCAUGGGACGCAGCGUGUCGCACAGCACAAUGCGAAGCAUGUCUGGCGGAGGAGGUGGAGGAGGAGGCGGUGGUAUGGGUGGUGGUUGCAUGGGUGGCAGACGCACUAGCAUGGCGUUCUAAUCUGACACAGCUGACACACAAAAUGGCGCUUAUGAAUACAUACAUUUUUAACUACACUAUGUAGAAAACUAACAACAACAAGAACAACAACAAGAACAAGACAACAACUGAAAACAACAACAGUGAGUAAGAAAAGUUUCCUUACCACACAAAAGAAAACAUUUCGUAACCUCACAUUCUUUCGCUCGCUCGCUGACUCUAACCAUCUCUUUCUCGCUAACGCAUCACAAGGCCAGACGCUAGUCUAUUGUUCUAUCGCUCUAUCCUCUAUCCCUCUUUUUCGCUGUCUCCCUACCAUUUUUGAUGACAAUAUUAGAUCCUAACUAUUCAAUACAAUUUUGAUUUUGACUUGUUUCAAAUGCGCUUUCGCUGAAUAUGCUUUCAACACACACACAAACACACACACACACACAUGCACGAUUACCAAAAAACUUAAUGAAAAGCGACAAAAAAAGACGAGAAAUUAUAUUAAAAACAUAAAACUUAUGUGAAUGCUCAUAUCAACUUAAACCAAAAGCAAAUACAACAAGCAAAGAAAACAUAAAGAAAAAAAAUUUGAAACGAAGCUUUUUUAUUAAAUUAGCUAAAUAUAAUUGAUAAAUAUAAAGAAAUUAAUAUUAAGCUUGGAGGGCGAACAGCGACAAGAACAAACAACAACAACAACCAAAAACAAAUUCAUCAAAUAACAACAAUUUUAGCUAAUGAACAAUGAACAAUUUGAAUCAAAUCUUAUAUAGGACAUACAACAUUAUUAUGUAGUUAAAAAUCAAUUUGAACUUAACAAGCAAAAACAAAAAAAAAGAAAAAAAAAGAAAUCAAGAAUGUUUUUUUUUUUUCUAAGAAACAAAUGCCUUUUAUUAACAACAACAACAACAACAACAAAAAGAAGAUGAACGAGAAGAAGAAAUAAAGUUUAUAUAUUUUAAAUACAUGCGUAAUAAAAAGUAAUAAUAAUAAUAAUAUGAAAUUGGAUUGUUAAACAUAAAAUGCAGCAAUUUACAUAUAUGCAAAAAUCGAAAGAAAACAAAAAUAUUAUAAUGAAUACAUAAUUGCCUCACACACACACACACACACAUCGCUCAAAACACACACAUACAAUUUUGUUAAGAGAUUUUGUCAGUCAGCCUUGAGACAUACUUAUGCAUAUAUAAUGAUAAUGAUAUUAAUUAGACACAAACUACGUAUAUACAUAUGUAUGUUAGUUACGAAAUAUGUGCUAAAGUAUUUGGUAUGGUUGUAUGUUAUGUAUACAACACACACACACACACAUACAUACAUGUAUUGCAUAUAUGGUAUGUAUAUGAUUUAUCAUUCAAGUACAUAAAGUCUUUUCACAUACGGACUGUGAUUUCACGUAAAGUAAAAUAUACAUAUAAACAAAUAUAUAUACAUAUAUAUUUAAAAAUAAUUACAAUUAAAUUACAAUUAAAAUGAAUAACGAGCAUAAAAUGUAAUGUAAAACAUUUAGUUAAAAAAAAAAAACAAAACAAAACAAACUGAGCGAGUUGGCAAUAUAAUAUAUUGAUAUACAUAUGAUUCAGCCGAUGUACAUAGGAACAUAUAUAUUAUAUGUAUAUCGUAUACAACUAACUGAGCUCCAACAUUUUGUGUAGACCAGAAAGAGUGCACGCCACAUUGAUUGAUUGAUUGAUUGAUUGAUUGAUUGAUGGUCACUUAUGUAUUCACAAUUAAAAUGCGUUUGCGUUUGCCUUAAAAAACCGAAAAACAGAAAGAAACAUAUAACAUAAUGUACUACUUACAUAAAUACUUAAACACUUGCAUAUGUAUAACAGUUUAACCGUUAUUGCAGUACGUAUAACAGUAUAACAGAGUUGAUUCAUGCAAAGUAGCUAAAUCAGGCCGGUUUCCUCAAUCUUCAGUUACGAUUGAGCUGUUGCCUGAUUCUCUCGCUAUCGCUCACUCGCUCACUCGCUCACUCUAUCUCUUCUCUCUCUUUUGUCGAAACUAUUGCUGUCUCUCCGCUAUUUCUUCCGCCUCAUACUUCAUCUAGUACUUUCCAUAAUGCUAACUGGUGCUUGAGAAAUCGUGCCUACAAUAGAAAAUAGAAUGCACGUCGCAUUUGCAAAACAACAACAUCAUCAUAAUUGGUGAUUGAAAUUAGUUACAAACAAAAACACACGCAGAGAAUGAUACAUUUUUUUAUUCGAAAACAAAUUACCUUAAGAAUAACAUUUGCAUUUUUUUUGUAGUUAAUCCGUCCUCGUUAACGGCCAACACAGUUAGGAAGUGCGUUCGCCACAAAUAGUCGAGAAUUCUCGACUCAAUUCUCAACUCCCUUUCCCCCCAAUAAUAAAAUAAAAAUAAAAUAAAAAAAAUCAAGCAAUUUUGAUCAUCCCAAUCAGCAGCAGCUUCAAAGUUCGUAGUAUGGCGUAAUAUAAAAAUAAAUAUUGAUAAACCGCAAGAAAUAAUUAUAAAAUAUAACAAAAUACACAUAAACACACACACACAUACACACACACACGUAGUGCAUUCAAAUAUAUUAUGAUUAUAAAUUAUAUACAAAAAUAAGAAAAACCAUAUACUAUAAUAGAUUAAAUACACAACAUUUUAUUAAAGACAAUUUAGUGAAGCUAAGCGAAAUAAAAUAAUAACAAUUGCAAUUAGACUGGCGAUGGGAUAGACGGAAAUAGCUUUAUGGACUCAACAAAAAACAAAGAACAAAAGAAAAGUAUAUAAUUAAGCCGAUCAAUACAAACAUAAUAUACAAAAUAUGGAGCCUGAUACGUCUAUUUCUGCAACAAAAAUAAAAAACAAAACAACAACAACAACGAGGCCCGUUCCGAAAAACACUUUCGCUGCAAUUUCAAUUGCAAACAACUGGUCUGAAGCUAGCUAAAAUAAAAGAAGAAACAAAAAUAUACCCUGUACCCCUAAGAAGAAAAAAAAAACUUAAUCCUACUGACUGUAACAACUUAUGGUUUAUGUGAUUCUGAUUCUGAUUCUGACUUUCGAUGCUGAACUAGAGCUAUGUAUAAUAUUGUUAUACUAUUUUAACUGUUAGUCCACCCAACCCAAAUUUUUAGUCCAUUACAGGGUACAGGGUAUACGUUAUAUAGGAUAGAUAUUGUAUGUUGAUAAUGGAUUGAUGCCAAUGGAAAGCAAUAACAAGCGAUAGCAAGUGUCGGUGAAAAGUUCAACUAAUUAGUAAAAAGAUUAAGCAAUAAUAACGAAAAAAAAAAACAAAGAAAAACAAACAACCAUACAAAUCAACACAGAUCUAAUUAGCAAGUGCAUUGUAAAUGUUAUUUUUUGUCAGUUGUUAUUAUUAUUAUUAUUAUUAUUAACCUGUAGCUAGUAUAAUUAUUAUAAUAAAAUAACAAAGGAAAUCAAAUGAAAAACGUUUAUAACAAAUGCCAAUUGUAGCAUGUUCAAGCAAAGAAACAAAAAGUAUUAAACAGAAACAACAAAUGGCAGAAAAACAUUACAAAUAAUAUAACAAAUUACUUAAUAAUUAAUACGAAUAACAAAAGAAAGCGCUAGUGAAUAAUCUAGUCAACAAAUUUUACUUUACACAACAGAAUGUUAAAAUAUUCAAGCAUAACAAUAAAUAAAUAAAUAAUUAGGUAUAACAAUGAAAAGCAUACAUCAAUUAUAUAAUGUAUAUUACAAAAAAAAAACCAAAAACAAAAA